UUAUUGCUUCGAUGUUUGUUUUUGUUGUGCACUGCUUUCGAAUUUUACUAUUUACUGAGAAAAUAAUCAAGUCUUUCUGUGAAUAAAAUGGCAGGGAAAACUACAGACCGUAAAGGGAAGGGCAAAGAAACUAAAUCGGCCGUUAACGAGUUAACAGAAAAUCUAGCGGCGUUCACUUUGCCCGACAGUCUGCCCUGCUCCGAAGUAGAAUUCCCUGUUCUCAUCAAAAGAAAGGCUGGUGCUAGCUGGAAGCAGAUACUGGAGGAAAGUGAUGAGAAAUUUAAAGAAAUAGAAGCGUUUGCCGAAACCAAGAAAGAAGCAAUACCAAAAUCACCCUUUCUAAAGACUGAAUGCGAUUACAUCAAAAGUGAAGUUUUCGAACAUCUCAUACCAGCUUUGGAGGAAACUCUGAAUAAAGCUAAGAUCUGGGAAGCAUUAUUGCGUCAAAAGUGCUUCUUCAAUGGCAUAGAUCAUAUUGUUCAGAUUUUGUGGAACAAUAAUCCUAGAUAUCCAGAACGCAAAGACAAAAACGUGCAUUUAUUCAACAUGCCUUGGGUACGUGCUUACCUCAAAGAGAAUCCACGACCAUAUUACCCCAAGUCGUGGCUGUGGCCCGAAGACUACGCUGCCACCUUGAUACAAAAAACAGUCCGACAGUACUUCGUACAAAGAGAAGAGGAAGUCCAGGAGAUGCGUGACUUCUGGAGGAAACUGGAGGUGGAGCGCAAUGUCCAUGAUAUGGAAACCAAUCCGUAUUUAGCCAAGAAAUUCGCAUCGAUACAAAAUUUCCGCAAAAACUGA